CAGUGCAUCAUCAGAGCGCUGGCCGCAUCUCUCUCGUCCUUCUUCUCCCUCGUCCAACGCCGUCUCCUCCUCCGCCGUCACGCGCUCUCUCGCUGUUGGUUUCCGCCGUUCAGCCUACAGCCAUCGCCCGACACAACCGCAUCGGUUGCGGUGGUGGGAGGCGCGUUACCACCGCCGAAGACGCAGCGGAUGAGUGGUCUCCGGGGGCGCACUCGCGCAUAUAGGACAGCCGGCGGUUGGCGGCCGGCACAGAGUGGCUAUGGACACCGUGUACAGGGUAGUGGCCGCUGCCGCAGGUACCGACGUCGGUUCCGUUGCGCUGGUUAUGUUGAUUGUGCUGUGGGUCUCGUACUCCGAGCCCGGCUGGUGGCGUCCAUCGCCGGCCGCGCCGCACCCUGUGCUCGACGGCCCGAAGGCGUACCCGAUCAUCGGGGCCAUGUACGUCAUGGACGGGCACCGGGACCGACCGUUCCGGCGGUUUACCGAGCUGUCCCGCCAAUAUGGGCCCGUCUACGCCUUGACCAUGGGCUCCGUGCCGUGCAUCGUGGUCAACGAUUACCCGUCCAUCCAAGAGGUGCUCGUCACCAACGGUUCCAAGUUCGGAGGCCGGCCCGACUUCAUGAGAUACAACGCGCUGUUCGCCGGUGACCGGAACAACUCGCUGGCGCUGUGCGACUGGUCGUGGUUACAAGAAACAAGACGGAAAAUAGCUCGAAUGUACUGUUCGCCGAAAGUGUGCUCGUCCAAUUACGGGUUGCUGGAUUCGAUAGCAUCGUACGAGGUGCGCGCGUUACUUGGCUCGUUGACCGCGGCCACGGCGGGUGCGUCCGAGCGGACGGUGCAAGUGAAACCGAUGCUGAUGAUGGCCAGCGCCAACAUGUUCGUCCAGUUCAUGUGCUCGAAGCGGUUCGAGUACGCGGACGCCGAGUUCCGGUCUAUGGUGCGCACGUUUGACGAAAUAUUCUGGGAUAUCAACCAGGGCUACGCGGUGGACUUCAUGCCUUGGCUGCGGCCGUUCUACGCGGGCCACCUGAGAAAGCUGUCCGACUGGUCGGCUCACAUCAGACGCUUCAUCAUGGAAACGGUCGUCUUGGAGAGGAGCACGUACGCGGCCGCGGCGACGGGCGGCGGCGGGACGGACGCGGACGACGACCAAGUGCCACGUGAUUUCACCGACGCGCUGCUGAUGAGCUUGCGCACGGAGCCGGGCCUGAGCAUGGACCACGUGAUGUUCGAGCUUGAGGACUUCAUCGGCGGCCACUCGGCCGUCGGUAAUCUGGUCAUGCUCGCGUUGUCCUUGCUGGCCAUCAACCCGCGCGUGGCCCAAGCCAUCCGGGACGAGGCCCAUCGCGUAACCGGCGGCCACCGUGAGGUCCGCCUCUACGACAAGCCCGACAUGCCGUACACCGAAGCCACUCUGUUCGAGACCUUGCGCGUACUUUCGUCUCCUAUCGUCCCUCACGUGGCCUCCGAAGACACUACAAUCCAAGGGUUCCAAGUUAAAAAAGGCACGUGCGUGAUCAUCAACAACUACGAACUUAACACCAGUCCUGCGUACUGGGACCUACCAGAAGUAUUCGAUCCGAAUCGGUUCAUACAAUAUAAACCCGACGGUAUGCCUUACAUUAGAAAACCAAAACACUUUUUACCGUUCAGCAUUGGCAAGAGGACGUGCAUCGGACAGCAGUUAGUCACCGGAUUCGGGUUCGUUAUGCUAGCCGGUAUACUUCAACAGUACGAAGUAAGAGCCACUGAUCAACUGACGAUACCCGAAGCGCGUAUGGCUCUACCGCCCGAUACGCACCCCUUGAUAUUAAGACCUCUUGAUGUAUCUCAAUAAGAUCCGAAGGUCACAUUCAUCUCACUCUAAUCUUCUAUAUCUCUGCCACUAAACUAAAUCAGUAUAUUAUGAUUAUCUUUGUACUUUUAAUCGAAUAAUAUUUGUUGUACAUACAUAAACACAAUUAGAUUUCAUUUUACAAGA